UGUGGAAACAGUUGUACUUGUGCUUCGCAGUGGAAAAGUUCAACGUAAAUCAUCGGAGCUGAAAAUCCGAUUUGAAUAUAUAAUUAAAAAUCGAUAUCGACACGGUGAAAAUUGAUGGUUCAACACCGUAGUCGCCUAUUAUGGUGAACAUGGAAAAAAGCGUGGAUUGUAAAUCCAUUCCGCAUCGAUUGAUGAUCAAUAUGGAGAAGGGUCAAAACAAAUACGGAAAGCUGAUGGAACCCGAGGAGCGACACGCGUCGGCGUCGAAGAAGAAAGUCUUGGAGUUCGAAGAGCUGGUGGCGUACGAAAGGAAGUUGUUGAAAUAUCUCAAGUACUUCUUCGCCGUUGCCCUGAUCUUCAUAAUCAUGACAGUGGGAUAUUUGCUAUGGUCAAAUUAUCACGCCAAGACGUCGGCACUGGUCGAAUCGGCGCGGGCGCCAACCUCGGACGUGUUGAAGAAUGUUUUGGAAACCGAUACAAUUACGCAGCCGGAAGAAGACGCGUCUCACGGAGAGACGCCGUUUGACAAUUUGCAAUUAUUUGUCCGUUCCGAUCCGUUUUCGUUUUUCCAUCGAUUCGAUAAACAUUACGAUAACUCCCAGAUUCAAUUGAAAAUAACAAUCGUACGUGACGAGAUCACCGGACCAGUUGCCAUGGAAAAUGGAAGUGGACAGACGGAAGUUCAGAAUUCCAUAUCAGACAAUGAUACUCGUAAAAUGAGCGAUGGGAUUUUCCGCUCUAUUAUCUUUUCUCUAGGCCCUAUGGGAAACGGGAUCGAUGAUGCUCGUUUCGCGAAGAAUCCGGAUGACAUGCCCGGUUCUGCAUCGUUUGAAUUCAACCCGACAAAAGUCGAGAAGGAAGAAACCUUGGAUUAAACGCUACGAAUUCUAGUAACUAGCGAUAAGGAAGGAUGAAAUAAUAGAAAAGACGAAUCGGAGAGCGAGAUGUCGAAUUGAGCUGAAAAAUUAUGGAAGAAUAUCGGCGGCUUAGAGUCCAUGCAAAAAGCUAAUAAAGGGUCGAUAACGUCGCUCUGACCACUGAUAAAAGAAUUUUGUUUACCGCUUAAUGGUCGCCAGGCUGAUUACACAAUUAUUAUUAAAUUGUUUUUCAUUUAAAAUUUCCAACUAGCUCCGUAUUCAACAGUCUGACUGUAAUAUUGUUGUACUUGUUUCGUAAACAUGAACUAGUUCUAGUAUUAAUGACGACAAUAAUAAUAACAAAAACAACGAUAAUAAUAAUGAUAAUCAUAACAAUCAUAAGGAAUAUUAUCUCAAGAGUGCAUAUUGUAUGUUGGCAUAACUUUUAAGUCGAAUUAGCAUUCACACGUUUCAGUUGACUGGACAAAUAACAUAUAUGUUAGCCAUUUUACGCGUUAUACAUAUAUUCUGUAUUAUCUUGUUCUCUCGUUGAUAAAAGAAAAUAAAAAGUGUUCGUACGUGGUUUAGAUGCAAUUUUCCCUGCAUAUCAGAUAUUCCGUUUCACGCAAUGUUCAGCAAGUUUGUGCAAUUAACGAAACGCCGUCGGGUCGAGGUGACGCCCAUCUUGAGAAUCCUUCCUUGCUUGCUCAGCCAGCCAUACUCUACAGUUUACAAGUGAUCAUUCGAGGAAGAACAUGGAGCCGAGUCAGAAAAGCUCUGACAACUUAUUGGUCCUUGAGGACGGGUUAGCAUGGCAGAAGAAAUCGAAGGAUCAGCAAUUCGUCUCGGUUUCAAGCUAUGAGUCGAGGGUGUCGAAAUGCUUGACGUUCUCUUUCAUCCUCCUCACUAUCGCGCUCGUUGGGAUUGUGGCCUAUGAACUUCAGCAGGCGAUUCGAACCGAGUACUUGAUAACCGACGCCGAAAUCCGGGCGAUGGAAAUAUCUGAGGAGAAUAUUGAAAAUGUAUCAGUUUCAAGGAAGGACUCGGAUUUUCUCAUUCCAAGCCCUGAGCCUACAACCACGUCUUUUUCCGAUGAAACUAAUCAGGACGCGAAAAAUUCUCAAUCGAGCGAAGAGAGGAAAGAGGAACAGAUUUUCGAAGAAACCGGUGUGAAGACAUCCGGCGAUCGGGUCGACGAAACGUCCGACUCCUCGAAAUUGCUUGAGGAAGAACUGAGAAAUCUGAAUUUAGACCAGGAGGAGAGUUUCAAACGGCUGCUCGAGAAAAUCGAAUCGAUUGCUAGAAAAACGGAAAUAGAGGAUCCUAAUUCCUUACCCAUAUGGGACACAAUCGCUUCGCCAAUAGACCCGAGCGUGGUGGGUCAGAUUCCCGAAGAAGACAGAAGCACCGCCGUCUCGGCUGAUGCGGGGAUUGAGAAUCCCACCGAAAAACCCGACGAAUUUCGAUUACCAACGAUGGACGGCUGGAUGAAAUUGUAUCCGGACCGGUCGAAACAAAAGCACGAGGAAAUCGAUGACGACGACGGAAUAGAUACAGCGUUAGAAGAGGACGGCUUCGACGAUUAUGCGUACGAAGACUCCUACGAAGACUACAACGAUUAUUACUCGAUGGAAGAGUUCGAAAGUGCAAAAGGGACCAUUGAGGAGCCAAGGGUGACACCGGAAACCAUGGAAGCGAAAAAAGAAGUUACGGAGCCUCUAAAUCAGGAAUCGGAUCUGAUCUCGGUAGCCUGCUUUGGCACGUGGGACGAAGAUUUUGUUCUCUCUGAUACGAAACCACCAGUCACCGUUGCGACAGGUCCCGUUGUACCUGACCAGGAAAAUUCUACCGAUGAGAAUCCGAAUGAGCCAACCAGAUCCGAGAAUACUGUUCAAACAACCGACGGGGGAGGUGAUCUGCCUGAGUUCGGCUUUCCAACUGCUAAUAAUCUCCAAAACCUGUGGGAAAUACGGAACGAUGAUGCUAAGAACUACUUCAGAGACGAUCAGUUUAGCUCCGAUGUUAUUCAAUCCUUAUUGGAAUCCGCAUUAUCCAACAAAGAUAAAAAAAGUAUCAAAUCGCUCCGCGAGAUGCUUGGACUGGGACGUACCGUAAGGCACGAUUACGGCUCUUACGACAGAUUUUCCGAUUACCCAGUGGUGAAACGCUCCAUUUCCACUUCACCGGUAAACGGGAGACUAGACGAGUCGCAUUCGUCACCGGAAAAGUCAGCCAGGCUGAUGGGUGAAAUGCGGAAAGCGAUUGACGAGGAGACCAGCGCACUCCACGACCUUGUCUCCGUGGCCUCUGGGCCGGUGAAACCCGUCCUCGAAGCAGAAUUAGACGACUUUUACAAACGGAUGGAAGCCGUCUCGGCUCACAUCGAUCGGUUGCACGAACGGUAUCUCAGACUUAACGAAGUGACCGACGACUACGUGUCGAAGGAGUUUCCUGCGUCCGAGGAAGCCAACGACUACGGUUAUAGAUACUGAGGAACCAAGGCUGAGGACAGUAUCCUGGAUAAACCUUGUGAGCGACACGCAUCGCGCCGAUUUCGGCGUAAAUAAUCAUGCACAACGUCGUUCGAGUUCAACUCAGUCAAGGACUUUUCGUACCGAUUGUAAGUCAGCUUUGUCGAGCGUAUAAUUUUAGGCUCUGUUUCCAUCCGACCGAGUCGAUGUACGAAUAUCUUGAAUACUGCACUGAAAGUUUCUGUCAACAAUCUGUUAUUUAAUUUAUACCUAUUAUGUGUACACGUAUGACAUGUACCUAAGUUUAAAGUAAAUAAUAACGUUAAGCACAAUAUAUCGAGCGAAGAUACGUACGAUCUAAACUGUAAUAAAAUAUUGACCGAAAGCGUAAGAAAUUCA